UCCCGACAGUGCCGCACCCUGUGCGGAGCUUUGACGAAAGAUCCGAAUUCUCCGAUCAGACGUUCUACACUCAAACUUAUUAUUGACAAUUGUAACAUUCACGGUUAUUUUUUCCUCAUACAAUACAUUUUCCACCGCUGAUAUUUCAUCGAUUUUCGCCGGAUAAAUUUUACCCUACGCGUCGUAGAAGCAGCAAGACAACCGUCGUCACCGAUUAUCCUUGACAAGAACCCUUCUUCGCUUUGUCCAAAUCUAAAUCCAAGUCCUAAUCAUUCCAGAUUUUCUAUCAUCUUUGGUAGACAUGGAUUUUGGCUUUUCAUCCUAUCACAACGGAGGACCCGCGAGAGAACAGGACUUCGGAAGACUGUCUCAGUCUAUCGGGACUUCUAUACUUAAAAUAUCCCAGAAUGUUUCUUCUAUGCAAAGAAUGGUCAACCAGUUGGGCGGCUCGACUGAUUCUCAGGAGCUUAGGAACAAGCUUCAUCAGAUACAGCACUACACGCAACAGCUGGCUAAAGAUACGAGCAUUCACCUGCGUGAUUUGGCUAACUUAGCCAGCAAUGCAGGGUCAAAUAGCCCUGGCGAACAGAGGCAGCAAAAAAUGCAGAGAGAAAGGCUUCAAGACGAGUUCACAGCGGCGCUGAACAGUUUCCAGUCAGUGCAAAGGCUCGCAGCUUCUAAGGAGAAAGAGAUGGUCAGGAAAGCUAAGGCCAAUGCUGGUAUCAGUCCGUUUGGUGACAAAAAACAAGAAACGCUAAUAGAACUCCAGGACAACAGAACUCAGCGACAAAUCCAACAGCAGCAACUUCAAGAAGAGCAAAAUUUGCGAAUGCUCGAGGAGCACGAGGCCAGCAUACGUCAGCUGGAGAGUGACAUAAGCGACGUUAAUCAAAUAUUCAAAGAGCUUGGAGCAUUGGUUCACGAGCAAGGAGAAAUGGUAGACUCGAUAGAGGCUUCGGUAGAGAGGACAGAAGUCUUUGUUAGCGAAGGUGCGCAGCAACUGCGACAGGCCUCAACGUACCAAACAAAAUUGCGCAAAAAGAAGUGCGUACUGAUCGUUAUCGGCGCGGUGGUAUUGUCGAUUCUGAUAGGAAUAAUUGUUUGGCAAACAUCUUAAGACGAGCUAGGAAAUAUGGAGAUAUGAACGAUAACGAGAAUAUACUUUGUGAGAGCAUUAACGUAUCUGGUGCUAAGAACCGAUGAAGUUUACAUACACACUGCGCGCAUUUCUUUGCGAUAAUUGGCAAGUUUUUCACAAGCUAUUGUCGGAUGAUCUGCUUUAUAGGUAGUUGAGUACAUGCACGUAUGUGUGCGAUUAGAAUUGACACGCGUCAGGAGUGCGCGGGGCUGUGAAUUACAGAAGAGCGACUUUUGAGCGUUUUACGUUCGCUUGAUCAAUUUCAUUUUCGAAAACAAUCAACGCAGUGUGUUAAAAUCUAGCUGCAGCAGGACAUGCGUUUCAAAAGAUACUUGAAAUUCGUCCAAUUCGAAAUCCACGGGUGUAAAUGAUACCUGCAUUUUAGUCCUCCGUUAUUAAUUGAGUAUCAAAUUAGCGACACCAUUUUUUCUAGACUGAAGCAUGAUCAGUGACCAUCGAUGCGCGAUUAAAAAACUGCAAAACCCGUGUAUUGUUCCCUUUUAUUGAACGUAUAAGUUCGCGAUAAAUCGCAAUAGGCUAAUUUAUCUGCCGAAUUUUAAUAUUCGGAUGUAACAACCGUGUAUGAAACGUUAGGCGAGAAUUUAUAUCGACGUAUACGUGAAUCGCCUCGUACCCAAAUUGUAUUUUACCGUAAAUUAUUAUUAUUAUUAUUGCUCUAAUCAAUUUUAUUAAAAAGAUAGAAAUAUAUCCGCUACAUAGCAUUAUUGUUAUAGAGAAUGAUACUGUACUUUGGAAAAAGUCGUCAUUGUUGAUAAGUUGUCUACUAAGAAAUAUCUCGAAUAUAUAUAUAAAAAAAAAAAUUAGCCUCAAUUACAGAGGCAGAUAAUUCGCGCCAUUCCGUACAUACUCAUUAAUAUUCGUAUUUAUACUUAUGAAUAAUUUUUUCAGUGCUAAAUGUAUUAAAAUGAAGAGA